CGUGGCAUCAUAAAACAUGGCUACUGUAUCGAUAUUUUUAAGAAGUGCUUUUUUGAGCAGCUCUAGAGCUACUGCAGUGAGGGCCAAUGCCUCAUUUUGUGCUAAAAAGUUUAGUACAGCAGAAGAUCUCAAAAAGACCCCACUUUUCGAUUUCCAUUUAAGCAAUGGUGGUAAGAUGGUCCCUUUUGCUGGUUGGUCUAUGCCAGUUCAAUACUCGGAUCUGAGUGUCAUUAAUUCUUCACUUCACACGAGAAGCAGCUCCUCACUGUUUGAUGUAUCACACAUGCUGCAAACUCAAGUUACUGGCAAAGGUGCUGAAAAGUUUCUUGAGUAUCUGACAGUUGCAAACUUAGCGAAUCUUAAAAAUGGAAAUGCUGUUCUAUCCAUGUUCACUAUAGCACAAGGUGGUAUUAUUGAUGACUGCAUUAUAACAAGAACUGGCCCUCAGUCAUUCUUUGUAGUAUCUAAUGCAGGCAGAGCUGAUGUGAUUAAUGAGCACCUACAGACUCAGCUGAGGGAGUUUGGUGAUGAUAAAGUUGUUCUUACUUCACUCAGUGAGAGAGCAUUGGUUGCAUUGCAAGGCCCAAAGAGUGCUAGUGUCCUUCAGGAAGGAGUCAAAGGAGAUUUAUCUCAGCUCAAGUUCAUGAGCAGUGCCCUCAUGAGCCUCUUUGGUAUCCCGGACUGUAGGGUCUCUCGCUGUGGUUACACUGGAGAAGACGGUUUUGAGAUUUCUGUUCCAAGCACUGAUGUUAUUCAGUUGGUCGAUACAUUAUUAGCUGCUGAUCCUGUCAAACUGGCUGGACUGGGUGCAAGGGAUGUGCUGAGGCUGGAGGCCGGGCUGUGUCUCUAUGGCAAUGAUAUAUCUGAAGAGACUACACCAAUUGAGGCUAGCUUAGCUUGGUGUAUUGAUAAAACUAGACGGAAAGAUGGAAACUUUUUAGGAGCUGGUCCAAUACUUCAGCAGCUAAAGGACAAGCCUUCUAAAAGGCGGGUUGGAUUAGAACUUAAAUCAGGGCCACCAGCUAGGGAGGGUUGUCAGGUAAUAGAUAGUGAUGGACUUAAAAUAGGUUACAUAACAUCAGGGACCCCCAGCCCUACGUUACAGUAUAACAUUGCAAUGGCUUAUCUUCCUCGUCAAUUUUGCAAAAUCGGUACUGUCGUCAACGUCCAAAUAAGGAAGCACACUGUGAAUGGAAGAGUAGUAAAGAUGCCUUUUGUACCUUCGAGAUAUUACAUUUGAUUCGAGACUUAAUAUUUAUAGGAAUAUAAUGUAUAAUAUGCAGGCAUAAGCACUGUUUUAACUCUUGUAAUAAUUAUUAUUAAUGAUCUACUUUCCAAUAAAUA